GAUGACAUACACCAAACAACCAUCUUUUACAUCUCGUAACGACCGUUGGAGUGGCCGGUGGUGCAGCAUUAUACGCGCGUCAAAGGAAAGGGCCGAGCGGUAGAUAUUGAUAUCAUCGGGUAUACGUGGCGCAUUGCUCAGUUCAGACUCUCCACAGCCACACCUCCACUGAUUUGUCCUUUGAGACUGGAAUAUGGCAGGGAAACUCAUGAAUGCAGUUCAGUACAGUGCCUACGGCGGAGGGCCAGAUGGCUUACAGCAUGUUGAAGUUCCAGUUCCCACUCCGAAAAUAGAUGAGGUUUUGUUGAAAGUAGAAGCUGUUAGUCUAAAUCCAUUUGAUUGGAAAGUUCAGAAAGGCAUGCUACGCCCACUUCUUCCUCGCAAGUUCCCUCACAUACCUGCUUCUGAUUUGGCAGGCGAGGUUGUAGAGGUUGGACCAAAAGUAAAAAAUUUCAAAGCUGGUGAUAAAGUUGUAGCUAUGGGUAAUGUCAUGAAUGGAGGUGGACUAGCCGAGUUUGCUGUGACCAAGGAAAGCUUGACAGUUGCUAGACCACCUAAAGUUUCAGCAGCCGAAGUUGUAGGCCUCUCCAUUGCAGGUUUGACAGCUCACCAGGCUGUCACCCAAGUUGCUGGUAUCAAGCUUGAUGGUAGUGGCCAGAAGGCAAACAUUCUUAUAACUGCUGCUUCAGGUGGUGUGGGUCACUAUGCAGUUCAACUGGCCAAGCUGGGAAAUGCGCACGUGACAGCCACUUGUGGCGCCCGCAACAUUCAACUUGUCAAGAGCUUAGGGGCUGAUGAGGUUCUUGACUACAAGACCCCAGAUGGAGCAGCUCUAAGGAGCCUGUCUGGUAAAAAAUAUGAUGCUGUAAUUCACUGUGCAACAGGCAUUCCUUGGUCUACUUUUGAGCCCAAUUUGAGCUCAAAUGGGAAGGUAAUUGAUAUUACUCCUGGUCCUAGUGCCUUUGUGACUUUUGCCCUGAAGAAACUUACCUUCUCUAAGAAGCAACUGCUGCCACUGUUCUUAAUUCCCAAGGGUGAGAACCUCCAUUGUCUUGUUAACUUGGUGAAGGAAGGGAAGCUAAAGACAGUGAUUGACUCAAAAUAUCCCCUGGCCAAAGCCAGAGAUGCUUGGGCUAAGAGUAUCGAUGGCCAUGCAACUGGGAAGAUCAUUGUUGAACCUUAGGUAAAACAAUAUGCCUGGAAUUGCUGAACUUGAUGUCAUUAGAGGAAAAGUGUGUUAACUGUUAAGGGCCUUGUAUAUAGAGACAGGUCUAUGGCGGAAAACAAGGCAUCUGGGGCUGUUUGCUUUGGCCUUGGCAAGUUGGUGCAAACUGAUAGUACAAAAUUACUAGUUCUGGUUUCAUUUUCA